AUGUCGAGCAAGGCCGCAUUGAAAGCUGUCCGGACAGCUUUGGACGCCAAAGAUUUUGGUGCUGCUGCUGAAAAGGCUAAGGCCGUGGUACAGAAUGAUCCCAAGAACUACCAUGCCAACGUUUUCCUCGGACUUGCGAAUGACAAAUUGAAUCAAAAUGAGGCGGCGGAGGAAGCUUAUUCUGCUGCGACGCGGAUCAAAGAUAAUGAUCGCACCGCUUGGCAGGGACUGAUUGGCUUGUACGAGAAGCAAGGCGGGUCGAAGCUGGAUGCAUAUCAUGAAGCUGUUCUCAAGCUCGGGAAAAUCUUCGCCGAUAGUGACGAGAAGGAACGAUGCCAGGAUGUUGUCGACAAAUACACAAAGCUCGCUCGAAAGAGCAACGACAAAGCCAAGUACAAGAAGGCCCUCGAAUUACAACUUCCCAGCUCCCCUCUCUAUGGCUUCCUUGAAGGUCGGCUACCACAUCCAUCCCUGACCUACCUCCGCAUGAUUGAGAUCACCGAGGCCGAGGAGAAAGAAUACAUCAACCGAGAGAUUGGCGAACGAAGAACUCGUCUUGGUGCAAGAAAAGAGAAUGUCACCCUCGAGGUGAAACGUGACGCGUUCAGACAGAGCAAGCUGGAAGAUCUGUACCGAGGCCUUAUCGAUUGGACGAAUGAUGAUGCCGUUCGUCGUCAGUACGAGGAGAAGCUGCUCGAGCGUGCAUGCGAGGAGCUCGAGUUUCUUGGCCAGGGCAAAAAGCCUGCGAAAAGAAAGGAGAUUCUUCGCUCGGCGCAGGACAUGGUCAUUAUCAAGCACCCGUUUGAACUUGCGUGGAACAUCGUGCUCGAGUGGCAGGAUAUCGAAGAGUACUCCCAAUGGGAUGUGGGUGUCUUACGCGAGUACAUCGAAUUUUUUCCCGAUACUGGAUUAGCAAAGGUCCUCAAGGGAUUUCUUACCAGCGAGUUGUCCCCAUUCCCACAGGAGGACUUGGACUCUGAAGGCGACGCGGAGACGACGAUCAUCCGCAAAGACACCGAGACGUCCGAAACAACUGAGGCUACAGAUUCUAUCGAGCUCAAUGAUGUAGGUGCUGCAGAUAGGUUGAUUCUGAUGACUGAAGGUCUGGAUAUGGCUCCGUCAUCAAUUAUUGCGCAUCGUAUCAUGGGAGACCUCUACCUUCUCCUCGAAGAGUACGAGAGCACUGUUGAUGUGGCUCGGAAAGGACUCCGAAAUGUGGCAGAAUUUGUCAGGUACACUGGAUGGAAAUCCCAAAAUACAACCGACGCGAUAAACAUUACCCUCGCCAAUGCCUUGAUUCCCUACCAGUCGCCUCGGUACCACCCGGAAGCAAAGACGAUCUUUGAGAAUAUUCUCCAACAAAAACCCACAUCUACUGUCUGUCUCCUGGGUAUUGGUUUGGUCCUGAAAGUCGAUCAAGAUUAUGACAAUGCCGUCGAGUUUUUGGAACGUGCGCUAGAGCGCGACCCUACCAACAUCAAGAUUCGUGGUGAGCUUUACUGGUGCAAGGCGCUGAAUGGCGACCUUCAGGCUGGGCUCGACGGCCUCCAGGAUGCCCUCGAAGCUCUAAAAGCCGAACAGCCUCAAAACAAGUCGUUCAAGUCCGAGCUACUCUAUCGGAUUGGAUACUGCCAAUGGGAACUAGAUCCAUCCACAGCGGCUCGCAAAGACCGCAAUGGGGCCUAUGCAAGCUUCUUAGCUUCCAUCAAGGCCAAUAUGAAUUAUGCGCCUGCGUAUACAAGCCUUGGUUUCUACUAUGCGGACUAUAAGAAAGAUAAGGCUAGAGCCCGCAGAUGUUUCCAUAAGGCCUUCGAAUUAUCAUCAUCGGAGACCGAGGCGGCGGAGCGCCUUGCCCGAGGGUUUGCAAACCAGAAAGAGUGGGAUCUGGUUGAGGCUGUCGCACAGCGGGUUGUGGAUUCCGGAUAUGCCAAACCUGCUCCCGGCUCCAAGCGUAAAGGGCACAGUUGGCCAUAUGCAGCUCUUGGAACGGUCCAGAUCAACAAGCAACAAUACUCAAAGAGUAUCGUCUCGUUCCAGGCCUCGCUGCGGAUAAGUCCCGGUGACUAUCAUUCCUGGGUUGGUCUAGCGGAAAGCUAUCACCACUCUGGUCGAUUCAUUGCUGCAACCAAAGCAUUUGAGCAUGCACGGGAACUGGAGUGCAAUCUUUUAGGCGAAGAAAAAGAUCAUAUCUGGUUUGCGCGAUACAUGAUGGCCAACGUGAAGCGGGAACUUGGCGUCUACGACGAUGCGAUUGCUAGUUACGAGGAUGUUUUGGCCACUCGCCCCAAUGAUGUCGGCGUCACAAUUGCGCUUCUCCAGACGUUGGCCGAAAGCUCCUGGAAGAGCAUUGAUUCGGGUCUGUUCAAUGAUGCCGCGGAACUUGCCUGCAAGGUCAUCCAAGUAGCGGGAUCGCUUGUGACUGUCCGAAAUGACAUCUUCAACCUAUGGAAGUCGGUUGGAGACGCCUGCUCGAAUCUCACCUACAUUAAACAGAAGAUCGGAAAAAUUGCAGUCGCAGACUGCAAAGCUUUGCUGCUCUCUGGCGUCGACCCCAUCGCCCUCGAUCUCAUGACCGAGGUAGAUGGCGUGGGUCAAGCUUGGCUAGACGCAAGUGGUAGUGAAGAAAGCGUCUCUCCCGAGUUUUGCAUUUUCAUGUCCAUUCUGGCGUAUAAGCGUGCCAUUCAUGUUUCCACUCAAGAUACCCACGCUCAAGCCGUUGCAUGGUACAACCUUGGCUGGGCCGAAUACAGGGCAUACCGGAGUGUGCAACUUGGCUCCGGUACUAAGAGCAAGAGGCCCCGCAAGUUCCUGAAGGCUUCGAUGCGAUGCUUCAAGCGGGCCAUUGAGCUUGAAGCGGGCAACUCAGAGUUCUGGAACUCGUUGGCCGUGGUGACUACGAGCAUGAGUCCUAAGGUGGCGCAGCAUGCUUUCGUGCGAAGCCUGCAUCUGAAUGAUCGCAGUGCUCAAGUGUGGACGAAUCUGGGUGCGCUGUAUCUCUUGCACAAUGACAUUCACCUUGCCAACGAAGCGUUUACGCGAGCUCAAUCAACGGAUCCUGACUAUGCUCAGGCCUGGGUUGGCCAGGGCUUCCUAGCGCUUCUCUAUGGAGAUUCUAAUGAGGCGCGGGGUCUUUUCGAACAUGCAUUUGAUAUUUCCAACUCAUCCGCGAUGCUUCCGAAGCGACAAUACACCCUCACCCUGUUUGACCACCUGCUAGGCGACUCCUCCACCUCGAAUGAAGUUUCGCAACUGAUCCAGCCAUUCUUCGCUCUACACCAGCUCUGUGCUCAAGAUCCAUCCGAUCUUCCAUUUAUGCAUCUUUCUGCCUUGCUGGCCGAGAGAAUGGGCGAAGUUGCUGAUGCUGAGUCUAGCUUGGAGGUUGUUUGUUCAGGCGUGGAGGCGGAGUUCGAAGAAACCGAGUCUCCUGCAUCGCUCUCGCGAUUUGCCCAGGCCAAUGCAGACAUGGCUCGAGUGCUGCUCGCCAACCAUCGCUAUGAGGAAGCUGCAGAGAAGGCUGAAACUGCUAUCACUCUGUCUGGGGAGGAAGAUGCUGAGAAAUUCGACCCCGAAGCAUGUAGCAAGCUCCGUUUGUCGGCGCAUCUCACAGCGGGUCUUGCCUACUACUUCACAAAGUCCAUGGAUCAGGCGAUUGACAUGUUCCGUGACGCCCUUCAGGAAGCCAACAACGCGCCUGAUGUCGUGUGCCUCCUGGCCCAGGUCCUCUGGGCCAAGGGUGGCGAUGAGGAACGCUCUGUUGCUCGCCAGCAGCUGUUUGACUGCGUGGAGAACCACCCCGAUCACGUCGGAGCUGUGACGCUCCUCGGAGCCAUAGCACUUCUUGACCAAGACCGAGAUGCGAUUGAAGCUGUGGAGGCUGAUCUCCACAAUAUGAUUACACGGGAUGAUAUCGACAUUCACGACCGCGGCAAGGUUCUGAAACUACUGGCUGCCAUCUCGGCAAUGGGAUUCACCGACAAGGCCGAUCUGCCCGAGGAUCUCCGUCAGAUUGGUGAAGCCACCGCUGCUGUCAUGCUGUCUCCUGGACAGCCACAGGGCUGGAUGGAGUUGUCCGCGGUGUCUGACAGCUCGUACCCAGCGGAAAUGGCCAUUCAACGGGCCCUCCGCAGCGUGCCCCCUCACAGCAAUCUAGAUGCCUCGGAUCUUAGCCAAGCCUAUGCACAAGCUGGCACAGCUACUGAUGCCUUCAGGGCUAUCAUGGUGGCGCCGUGGAAGAAGGAGGGCUGGGAGGAGUUGAACCAUGGUAUCUCGGGCCUGGUUGCAUAG